GUUGAGCUCUCCAUCUCCAUAGCCCAUACUAUGUUCUAACAACCCCAGUUUAUGACCCACGGCAAUUCUUACCCCGCAAACGCCAGUUGAAAUUCUAGAUUUUAGUGAUUUUAGUGUGUCAAACAGGGGAAGACAACGCGGGUGUAGCGCCGGCUUCUAACGCCCUUCCUUCGUUGUUUUAUAGGCGCAGAUGGAAACCAAUAUUCUUCCACCCCUCGUCCGGAAUCGCAUCUGUGUUUCCCACUAAAACUCGUUGAGCAACCUCUGCUUUUUUGGCCACCCGCCACUAAAACCCCUAAAACAAAAAGUACAAUAGAUUGGCUAAACAAUGGCCUCAUACGAGUUUCCCGAAUUCGACCAAUUGCCGUCUGUGCCGGGCCAGCCUCAGGGCUGUCUGUGGGGGUUCUUCGACCGAGGAACCGAAAAGGAUGAGCUUGGAACCAUCAACCUUUUGAACGCUGAGACUGUCAAGCAGGCCGCACUUGAGAUUCAGACCGGGCGGCAUGUCCAGCUUGACUGGCCCAUGAACAAUGUCGAGUUUCCGGGCUUUGGUCGCAUUCCUCUCGAGCACAAUGUGAAGCAAAUGGAAAAGGAGGGCUUCAUUGGCCUGGAUGACGAGAUCAAGAUCAACACCCAGACGAGCUCGCAGUGGGACAGCCUGAAGCAUUGGAGUAUACAGUCCCAGGGCUUGUUUUAUAACGGGUUGUCCAUCAAAGAGGCCUUGCAGUCACCCCGAAAUGGCCUGCACAAUGUUUGCGAGAAAGGUGGAAUAGUCGGCAGAGGUAUUCUUGUUGACUGGCUACGCUGGUGGGAGCAUUGCAAUCCGGGCAAAGAGGCGCCGUCUGCCAUAUCGACCUACUCGAUCCCAGCGUCCGAAUUAGAAGAGGUCUUGAAGUUUCAAGGCACCGAGUGUCGACAGGGAGACAUUCUCAUUGUCCGAACUGGCUUUGUCCGCUGGCACGAUCUCGCAGAUAAACCCACCAGAAUCAAGGGCACAAAGCCCGAAAAGGUCCUGUCCCUGAUUGGCGUAGAGAGCAACAUGGAUACCGUCCGCUGGCUCUACUCCAAGCACUUCUCGGCUGUUGCCGGAGACACAAUGGGGUGGGAAGCUUGGCCGUAUCCAAAGGAGUGCUGUCUCCACGAGUGGCUGCUUUGCCAGUGGGGGACGCCGAUAGGGGAGAUGUGGAAUCUGGAGCAGCUGAGUGAGGUUUGUGCGGAUCUUAAGAAAUGGUCGUUUUUCCUCACCAGUGCUCCUCUGCAUGUUAUUGGCGGGGUUGGUACUCCUCCAAAUGUGAUUGCGAUAUUCUAGUUUCUUUCUUUCUUUCUUGUAUCAAGAUGUGUAGAUGUAUCGUCUGGCGAAGCGGUGGCUGGUACAUGUAUAGCUAUAAAUGCAAUCACUUCUUUAUUUCUAUCUACCUUAUAUAACGAC